AUGACUGGAGAAACAUCUUCCCUAGAAUAUACUGCCGAACAACUUGCAGUGGUCGAACGCAUAAGCGAAACUGAUAACUACUACGAUAUUCUAUGCGUCAGAAGAGAUGCCCCGACUAGAGAAAUUGUUCAGUCUUACAAAAAAAUUGCAAUAAAAUUACACCCUGAUAAAAACCACGCGCCAGGUUCUGGAGAAGCUUUUAAAAUUGUAGGCAAAGCUGUGAAUGUAUUAAGAAACGAAGAAGGGCGUCGAAAAUAUGAUUCUGAUUUAUUUGUUCAAGAACUCGGAACAUUUAAAAGACCUUUUCAACCGCCUCGUUCUCAUAAAUCCUCUUGGGCAACAUCAUAUGAAUCAGACUCAGAUGAGGACUUCGAUGAGAAGGCAAGAAAUUUUCCUUAUUAUUAA